AAUGAUAUUGCAUACUAUAAUUGUUAGAGGCACUCUUAUUUUAGCAGAAUUCUCUGAUUCUGAAGAUGAUUAUAGCAAUAUUAUCAAGAAAAGAAGUUUGGAUGUAAAAAAUGUAUAGGGAAAUCAAAAAAUUUUUAAAGAUGAUCUUUAUAUGUAUGCGAUAUGUGACAAAGAGUUAAAAUUUAUAUGUUUAUCUAAAGAAGAUGAUCAAACUAUAUUUGUUAAAUUAUAGGAAUUAAUAUAAGCAGUCUAAAUAAUUGAAACAGGUAAUUCAAUUCAUUUAUUAUAGAUGGUAAUUAUUCUUCAAAACUCACUCAAAUAUUGCAUAAACAUCUGAAGAAAGAAUAAAUUGUUGUUAUUCAAGAUGAAAAAAUAGAUUAAUAAUAACCAAAAUAAAGUAGAUUAAUGAAUCAUACUAUUCCACAAAAAAAGGAUUCUAUUGAUUUCUAGAAAAAAUUAUGUUUCUUUGUGAUGUUAAUUAUAUUGAUUAUGUAUUUUAUAUUAAACAAUAUUAUUAUAAAUGAUUGA